AUGAGGAAACCAGAGCAGAAGCCGUGGCUUUUUCAAUUACGCUCGUCAGAGACUUUUCUCGUCUUGACUGUGUCCAUUGCUAUUUUUACCGAUUCUUUUAUUUAUGGCGUCAUCGUUCCUGUCAUCCCAGUCGCCUUGAUUGACCGCGUAGGCGCCCGUCCGGAAGAUGCACAAUACCUCGUCUCAAUAUUACUCGCCGUAUACGGCGGCACACUUCUCGCCGGAUCCCCAAUAUUCGGCUACCUAGCUGAUAGAUGCUCGUCGCGGAAAAUCCCCUUCGUCCUCGGACUGGUUGCUCUCGGCACAUCCACGGCGCUAUUUGCAUGGGCGCGCACAUUUGCGAUCCUGGUCGUCGCGCGCACUUUGCAGGGCUUCUCGGCUGCGGCCGUGUGGGUCGUCGGCCUUGCGAUCGUCGCUGAUAAUGUGCCGUCGGAGCGGAUCAGUGCGGCGCUGGGAACGACGACGAUCGGGUUGACGUGGGGAUUUCUACUUGGUCCGAUGAUCAGUGGGUAUGUGUAUGAUACGUUUGGGUAUUAUGGGUGCUAUGUUAUUCCGGUGGUUUUGAUUGUGGUGGAUGUUGUGUUGCGGUUUGCGAUGAUCGAGGUGCCGAAAAGGGAGCAUCGGAAACCGAAGCCUGAAUUGCGCGCUGGCUCGGAUUAUCAGAAUGGUCGAUAUGAUACCUUUAGUGGGAACGAUGCUCGGAGUCCCGCCCGGGUUCCUGUGAGGGAGUAUGAGAGCGAGACCGAAGCUCCGCUGUUGCAAUCACCACGACCCGCAGAGCAAUCCGGUAAAAAGGCAGACAAGCCUGCUACCGUAUUGCGUCUUCUGAUCACCCCCCGUCUACCACUUGCGUUGGUGGCGACUACAUCCGUGGCCCUCACACUUUCCGCCCUAGAAACCUCCCUGCCCCUCUUCGUCAUGGACACAUUCGCCUGGACAGCCCAAGGCGCCGGCUUCAUCUUCUUCGCCAUAACGGUGCCCAGCUUCGCCGCCGUCCAAAUCGGCCAUCUAAUCGACUCAGUAGGCGUCCGCACCCUAGGCGCCAUCGCAUUCGCAGUCUCCUCCUGCACCUGGAUCGCGCUCCGUUUCAUCACCGAAAACUCAACAGCCCACAUCGUCCUCCUCGUCCUCCUGCUCCUUAUCUUAGGCUUCACAAUCGUCACAAUCGAGAUCGUCGCCAUGACAGAGGUGUCCCAGGUGAUCUCGGAUUACGAGGCUGAGUUCCCCGGCGUGUUUGGCGAGAAGAGCCCCGUUGCCCAGGCGUACGCACUGUUCAAUAUGUCGUUCGCGGCAGGCCAGCUUCUCGGCCCACUGGUUGCGGGUGCCAUUCUUGUCAAUGCGGGCUGGGGCAUGAUGACGCUCAUCCUUGGCAUCGUAUCUGCCGUUACUGCUCUCCCCUUUGGCAUUUUUAGCGGCCCGCGGAAGCUCGUCGAGGCUGGGGCUGAGACUGGUGAUGCGACUGUUUAG